AAAUUAUUGUGAAAUAUCGAACGCGUCUUUUCAAUUGAUUAGAUUCUAUUUCUUUAUUGUAUAUUUAUUUAUAUGUAUAUUUGAAUUAAAGGUGCCUUACGGAUAAGAAUUACGAUGUGAAAUCGUCCGAGCGUAAAUUCCAACGCGGAUUCAAGUUUGGACAGUUGGACGUGUCAAAACGUAUAUAUGAAAUAAUGUUUUUCACAAGUGUACAAUGGUUUCAAAGCAUUACUUAUACACUUUGUUUAUUAAAAGGCAAAGAAUACAAAAUACAAUGUCAAAUAUAAAAUAUCCAUGCAUGUUAAAACAGAUUUAAGCGGAAUCGAGAUUUAUUGUGAGAGUGUUAAGGUAGUUUAAGACGUUUAAUCAUUCAAGCGUAAAUAUUUAGAAUGAUUGUAGUAAGAUUAUAGCAAGAAUUGGAUAUUUUUUCAAUUAAUUAAGUGUAAAUAAGACGUUCGUACAUUCAAAAUCAACGGAAGAAAAAAAAAAGAAAUAAUCUAUAACAUAUAACAUUUUCUUAAAUAAGCUCUUAAAAGUAUAAUAUUAUUGGAGCUAUCGGCAAGUUAAAAUAAAUAAACUGGAGAAGUUAUUAUUGGGAACAAUAAGAACAGACAUUCAUAUUUAGGCGACAAAGAGAGGUGGUUAUAUUUCGCUACACGACAUUUUGGUGCUAAUUUAAUGGAAGAUGGGAAAGGACUUUAUGAAAAUAAUUUCACUAAGGAUAAUGAAGAAAUUAAUGGUAAUUAUGAAACCUAUGGUGAUAUUUUCUAUAUGGAUAGAGUAGCAUCGUGUGGUAAUGGUGAUAAAAAACACACCAAUAAUGAGGAUUGUACAGAAAUUAACGCGAAUAAAAACCUGCCUGUCGAUGAGAAGAAUGGAAAACGUUUGAAAAGGAGAAAGAAAAAGCGGAGGCGUGUAGAAAAGAACGAAGAAGUUAAGCUUGAUGGAACUUGUGAUAAUGAAACAGAUGUAAUAUGCGAUAAAGAAAAUAAGAAACGUAGAGAGCGUAAACAAAGAAAACGGAAAGAGUCAGAAAAUAACAAAGAUACAAAUGGCAGCGGAAAAAGAAACAAAUCAAAAAAGAAAAGUGAGGACAAGGGACACUUUCCUUCCAGAGAGCUUUGGUUGGGACGGGAGUUACAUUACGACAAAGUGAACGAAGAUUCUCCCAGUAACUUUGGUGAUAAGUGUGAAAGGCAUUUGUUAGCACAAUAUGAUUUAUUUUCAGCCAAAAACUUUUCUCCACAGCAACAAGAACAACAAUUGUCACGAAAACAUAACGCUCGCGUUCAAAAAGGUAACAAUCCUUUUCCAGAUGCUGAAAGUAGGGGUAUAUACGAGAAGAAAAAGAACACAAAAACAUUGAAAAAGAAACGUUUGGUAAACCUCAAGAAAACAUCUUCUAAAAUUUCCGUUUGGUCAUCGGAAAUACCUUUGGUUUCAUCUAGAUUAGAACUUGAUCCUACAGCACGAACAGCGAGGUCAAUACAUAGACCGGAAGCUGAUCCAUUAACCGGAAAUGACAACCAGAAAGAGUUUCCAGAACCAUUAAAACUCUGUAAACUAGUCACCAAUUUUCCUCUGCAAACAUUUUUCGCAGUAACAUUAAUACAUUCAGCUAUCAUCGGCAUUACACUAGGACUCGUUUUCACCGGAUAUGACGUAUUUCCCGCCGUUUUCGACGAUUUGCCGCUCUAUAUAUACAAUGAUGUCCGUCUGAAGGAACUGUCAUGGCGAUCGAGGACAAAUUUUGAUAGCUACAUUUACAGACCAGUGUAUGGUUAUAAUAUAAACACUGGGUACAGGGGUUCAAUUAAGGAUACGGUUGAAAUAAUAUAUGAGAAACCAAAAGUAAACAUUCUGACGCAAGCGCACUUAAGUUGGAUAAAAACAGCAGAAGAUAGACUUUUCAACGAAGUAAAAUUUCAGGAAGAUUUUUGCUUACUUGAUCAUAAUCAUAAUUGUAUAAAACCACAGUCGCUGAUAAGGUUAUUUGACGGGACAUAUUCUAAUAUUGAUACAGUUUUCUAUGACAGAAAUUUUAGCAACAUCAAUGAGGUUUUAUACAAAGCUUCUAUUUAUAAUGAAACCAAAGAUUAUUUGAAAUUAUUUCUGGGUAAAGACAGUGUGAUAAAUGGAAACUACAGUUACACCUCUAUCACCCGUUCCUUCUUGUUUAUUGGCUGGCCACUUUUCACUUGGAGUAGACGUGGCACGGAGAAAGACAUCCAAAAUUACCUUGCUGAUACAUUCAAACCUAAAGUCGAGAAUAUACGUGAUUUUUACUUAGUGGAACGUUUGGAUGUGUAUUAUCUAAGUAAAUUGCUUUACCAACAUGAUCUAGUCAUGCAAGCCUUAACUGAUAUUAAGCUUGCGAUCGGAAGUGUUCUGUUCAUUUUCUUGUUCAUGUGUUUCCAAACAGGGAGCAUAGUUGUAACUAGUCUUGGAGUGUUAAGCAUUCUUUCAAGUUUUCUCUUAACAAAUCUCGUGUACCGCUAUGUCUUUCAGUUUAUAUAUUUUGGAUUUUUUCAUGUUAUUGCGAUAUUUCUUAUUCUUGGUAUUGGUGCUGAUGAUUUGUUUGUUUUCUACGACACGUGGCGGCUCACGGGACAUACGAAAUACCCGAGUGACGCACAUAGACUCUCUGAUUGUUUCCGGAAAGCAGCGAAAACAACUUUUGUUACGUCACUGACUACUGCUAUGGCUUUCCUUGUCAGUGGAUUAUCCCCCUUGUUACCAGUGAAAACGUUUGGAAUAUUUACUGGAUGUCUAGUGGUAGUCAACUAUGCAUGGGUAAUACUUUAUUUCCCAUCAAUAAUAAUAAUUCAUCAUACCAAAACAAAAAAUCUGUGGAGGCGCUUUCAUCGCUUUUUGCUUUCAAUUUGUUUAGCAGAAAGACUGCCGCACUUUGAUGAAGCUGAUAAACAUUCACCAAAUACUGACACAAAUUCUCUAUCAGAAACAAAUAGUGCACGUGCCUUAAUACCUGGUUCUAGUGCAGAAAGUAUCGCAUUAGACAGCAGUCCGAGAAAAUAUGUAAUAUCAAACAGCAAAUUUCUUCCAAAUAUCUCAAGUCUAAGUUCCCCCGAUCAUUCCAGUACGCCACGAAUGGAAAAGAUAAAUGUAUCACGUGAGAUUCAACCGGAAGUGUCUGUCACCAUAGAUGAAGGAGAUCGAAAAGAAUUCGAUUCCGAAUCACAAGUUGGACCGGGAUCUGUUUUGAGUUGGGAAAAAAUCCAAUCAGAAACGGCAAGAGAGGAGUACUUUAGACGAAAAAGAUCGAAGCCAAAGAAAACAUUCGAAGAACGCAACAAAAUAAUUAAAUUUCUGAGGAACACAUUCUUUGAUUUUAUGACCAAAAGAGUUGUAAAAAUCGUUUUUCCCAUAUUAUUUCUUGGCGUUUCAAUAUUCUUCAUUCACAGAGCAACCAUGAUUGAACCCGACACGCACCAGCUGCGCCUAUUUCGAAGUACACACAAUUAUGCCAAAGCAACGGACAGGCACUAUUUUUCUUUCCUCAGAAACCAAGAUGACGAGUAUCAGCGCCUCUAUUUGAUAUGGGGUAUACUUCCGGCGGAUAUAAGCUCGUGUGAUCAGAAGUCUGCUGAAUUCUGUUUUGGAAAGCCCCAGUAUGACAAACAUUUAGAUUUGAACACAGAUUCAGCUCAAAUAGCAUUUAAGGAUUUGUGCAGUCGUUUAAAGAACAUAGAUACAGGACUUGCUGAUCGUCUGCAUAUUCAGAGAAGCAACAUAAAUGACGAACUCAGAAUUUCCUGCUUUACCGAAGACUUUGAAAACUAUUUCGAGAAUGAGGUAGAUUCAAACUGGCGACUUCCGGCGGAUAUGAAUUUGUCACUUCCAGUAUCACCAGACCACGUGACCAAACUAAUGGAUGCUUAUCGAUAUAUAUAUCGUUCUCCUCUACCAGACAACUUUACAAAUUAUUUUGAGCUUCUCAUAUCGUACUGGCUGACGGAUGGUUACCAGUUGAAUCCGACAAAAGACUAUUUUCGCUAUAAUCACCUGUUUGCCGAAAAGAAGGUUCAAGACGUCACACAAAAUGCAUACUAUUCCAACUCUGGCCUGUACUAUGGUACAAAGUUACAGUAUCUGGCUAUAGAAAUCAACACGACCAUGAACGUUUACAGUAUUGGCUACAAGGAAGGACUUCCUAUAUUUCAUGAGUGGGAAAAUUUCAUUCAAAAUAUAAAUGAAAGAAUGCCAGCAUCUCUACAAAAUGGCAUCCAAGUAACGGAGACUCUUUGGCACUGGCUACAUGUACAAGAGACACUUGCGACAUCAGCAAUAACAGGUAUCAUCGUCGGAUUGUUGUCUGCAUGGCCUAUUCUAGUUCUAACAACGUCUAACUUUAUAAUCGGAACUAUAGCCGCCAUUACUAUAGGUCUUGUCACAGCUUGUGUCAUAGGUGUAGUACCACUAGCCGGCUGGAAACUUGGGGUUUUGGAGUCAAUUAAUCUUUGCAUGGUUGUCGGACUAUCUGUUGACUAUAUUGUUCAUCUCGCAGAAGCUUACCGGAUGUCAAAGUCAUCCAGACGAUUAGAUAGAGUUCACGAUAUGCUUGAAUCAAUUGGACUUUCUGUAAUAUCAGGGGCCAUUACAACGAUGGGUGCUGCUGUUUUUAUGUUAUUUGCUCAAAUACAAUUUUUCUUCCAAUUUGGGAUAUUUAUAUUAAGUACAGUCGGAAUUUCUCUCUUGUUUUCCCUUUUUGGUUUUACGACAUUUUUAUCUCUGUGUGGACCGGAAAACGAAACUGGCUCGAUAACAAAAUUCGCUUCGAGUUUGGUAAAGUUUUGCAAAAAGAGCGACACCAUGGAACAAAUAUCUUCAAAUCCAUCCGCAGACCGGAAGUUCUGUUCAUGUCCGUGUGCAUCUCCAUCUGUUUUGAUGGACAGAUUUUAUGAUUGGCUCAGUUACAGCGGAGACAAUAAACAAAACCAAGAGUCAGUUCGGCGAACGAAACCACCCUUGUGACCAUAAACACAUAGACUGGUUUAGGAAUCCACACAAACGUAAUUUAGAGCGUCUCUGUGAUAUACAGCUUUAAGCUAAUCAAUCAAAAUCAGUAUAUUAACUUAUUAAUUUCAGUGAAUCAGUUUGGAGUUGUAAAUAACCAAACAUUUGGGAUAUUGUCACUGAAGACGUUAACUAGUGCAUUGACUAUACUCGUGGAUCUUUUGAUAUUUUUUUAUAAUAGUAUUUUGAUAAUUGCGGGUGUCGCAUUUACUUUUUAAGAAAUGUGAAUGAUGAAUUUGUCAUAAAAAGUAUACUAUUUUAUAUGUCUUUUUAUUAUUUAGAUAUUUACUUUUGUUGCUGUUACACAUGUUAAAUAAAAGAUAAAGAACUGUUCUAUUUUUCUAUAUUUAUAUAUCCAUGAUAGUAUGCCAUUUUUGUCAUAAUCAUCUCAUGCUAUUUAUAUUCAGACAACAACUAAAAACUGUGGUGUUUCUGUAAGCCAUCCCAAAUAUACGAAACAUCUGUGGGAACAUUUCAACAUUUUACAAUUUCAGCUUCAUGAAUUCACUAUAUCAACUUCAUGAUUAUUUCAAAUUCAUGAAUUUACCAUUUCAAUUUCAUGAAAUCACAAUUCCAACUAACUAAGACACGUUUUCACAGUUUCAACUUCACGACUUUUGAAUUUCAUAAAUUAAUGAUUUCAACUUUUCGAAAUCACGAACUGAUCGAAAAUGAUUUCGUUAAUUAAUCAAGCUGAAAUUCUGAAAAUGUAAAGUUAAUUGUCUUGUAAUUUUGCACUUCGUAAUGCUUCCGAGGGAUCACUUUUCAGAUAUUACAUAUCGUGAAGGUAAAUUCUUAAUGCUUAAAUAGUGAGAUCAUAAAGUUGAAAUAGCGAAUUCAUGAAGCUGAAAUCGUGAAUUUGUGAGGUUAAAACGCGCCUGUUUUGUAGCACUUGUUAUAUUGUCGUUUGGUUUACAGCGAUCAAUCCUGAUAAUGCGGACAAUUUAUAUACAUAGCGUAUUUUUAUCAUAAUUAUAUUGAAUAUUUUUAAACUUUAUCUUAGAAAAAAAAACAA